GGCAGAUUCCGUGAUCAGAGGAGGCCCGUCGAUGAAAUCGAUCACGCUGCGUAAUGUGUCCUCGGUGCCACGAUCUGCGCGAGGACCCGACGCGCCAUGCUUGUGCGGGUGUAUAUAAGAAGGCGAGAGAGCGUGUCCCGCGAGCGAGCGACGGUGCGAGUGGGCGGGCGGGCGCUGGCGGGGGCGCUCCCAGACUCGGCGCGGGUGGUUGGAAAGUCUCACGAGGGCGCGCCGCGUGCACCGCUUUCCUCCUCCCUCGAGCUUGCCCCCUCGGUCCCUGCCAGCCCGGCCCCGUUUGGCUCGCCAGCCCGCUGAACACACGCCCUCGCCCUCCACGCCUCCUUCCGCAUCCGGCUGCCCUCCUCGCGCCCUCUCCGGACGCCUCGGCCGCUCGCUGACGACCAGCCCGUUGCGAGGACCCCUGUGUUCUCGCCUCAUAUCCGGUGAUUCAGAUUACUAUGAUACAUCUCGAUCGCGGCCACCCUUCUGCUAUCGCUGGGCAUUCAAAGUCUAAUUUGAUACUGGCGGACCCACCCCAUGCUGAUCAGCAUUCCCUCCUCUCUUGGUCGCCAUCCACCCGCACCGACACAACUUUCUAUCACGACUCCCAGGAACCAUUCGCUCUGACAAGCGACCCCGCGAAACACACGAUACCUUCUGAUCCAGCCCCAGGACAAAAGCAAGACCAACCGGCUCCAGCAACAGCCAAUCACGGCCCUAUCACUCCUGGCGACGCAGAAGAACCAAACCUGCCAGAGCCGUCGCCCUCAAGUCCUGCAGACCCACGCUCCCCAGUCGCCGACACGUCGUCUUCUCUCAGCCCACCACCAGACGCAGCGACACCCAGUGCGGCGGCGGCAGCGGCAGCAGCGUCGGACCCAGGCUCGAAUGGUGACAAGCCUCCAGGUAGUGGAGGCGAGGCGGCAGGAGAGGUGGAAGCGCCGACGGAGGGGGACAAAGGAAGCUCUGCAGAGGAGGUGGACAAGGCAUCGCGUGCAUCUACACCACUCAGUGAGCUUUCCUCUGCUCCUGAUGACGAGGAAGAGUACAAGACAAAGGAAGGAGGGGCGUCCGUUGGCGGACCAUCUCCGAGCGGCCACAAGGAGACACACGAGGCUGAUGGUCCUAACAAGAGUGCCCCACAGGGCGCAACGAGCAAGGGUCAUGCAUCAGCUGCGUCAAACGCACAAUCCCCACGCGAAGCACCGCCUGAGGCAUCAUCGUCCCAUUCGAAUCCCGCCAAAUUUGCUUCGGACGCCAGAGGAUCGUCGAUCAUCCAUUCGUCGUCGUCAUCGGUCUCGAGUCCCUUCUCCCAGCCAGAUAUCGCAUCCUUGGGAAGCGACGUCACGCUUCCGAACCAUGUCUCUGCGGCCUCCGCCGGCGCGAAGCUAGACCCCAAGGUCGUCACCACCCUGGAGCUCAACAACCAGUUGCUGAGUGUAAUGACGGCUUUGCUGAACCGCGGGUACUCGAGCGAAAACCCAUUGGUUUCUCAAUAUGGUGCGCAUGUCCAGUCGAACCUAGCUUGGCUAGCUGCAGCUGCAGACGGGAAGGAGAAGGGUCGGAAUAACGUGCCUCUACCAAAGAUGACGCCUCCGCCUCGAAUCGAUUUCCUCUCCAUGGAUCGAAUACACCAACUCUACUCCGAGAUGUCCGCCGCAUUUGCCAAAGAGAUCGCACGUCGCGCACAAGCGGGUGCCGCCUCACAUGGCAUGUCACUACCAGGCGAUCUCCAGAAUGGCCUCAAGCGCAACCGCCCAGACGAGCUCUUCCCAGACCUAGCGAACAAGCGACGCGAUACCGGCGACUCGAAGCUGUCAACACCGAUCGCAUCGACCCCGCAACUCUCGAACGCGGUGACGCCACACAUGAACCCUGGUAUGGGGCACAACCCUGCUAACCCGCUGAGCGCGGUGCCCUCAUUACAGGGGACACCAGCUCCGCAACUAGGCAGUCCUGCCAUGCCGCCACCAUCGGCACCGACAGGCAUGAUGGGCGGCGCGAACGAAGCUCAGUUGCUCGCAGCGCGGGAACGGGCUCGGCAAAUGCAACUUCAAAUGCAGCGGCAACACAUGCAGCAACAGCAGCAGCAACUCGCCGAGAGCAACCGACAGAUGUCGCCGCCUCACGCUCAGCAGGGCGGGAUGGGGAUGUCGAACAUGGCGGGUCCGUCGUCGAUGGGUGGCAUGCAGCAACAACAGCAGGGCAAUCUCGCGAUGUUGCAGCAGCAGAGCCAGGGCAACCCGAUGCUGAUGCGGCAAUAUCAGAUCUUGCAAACCCCGAACCAUCCGCUCAUGCAGUACCUGACGCAGCAGGUCCAGAACUUCACGAACCUACCAAUACCGCAACAGCUGCAGCAUAUUCAGAACGCUCAGCAGCGACAACAACGGAUGGCGAAGGAGUCCGGCGGGUCGAUGCAGAACAUGAACAUGAUGAACCCUGGCAUGCUCGCAAACGCCGGAAUGUCGCCGGGGCAGAUCAGCCCUACGAGGUCAAUGCAGCAAGCAUCCAUGCCGGGAUCCUCUUCGGCCGGUGGCAAUCCGUACGGGAACCAGGGAGCGGGUUCGGGUAUGGGUAUGCACGGAGCUGGCCUGACACCGCAACAGCAAGCGUUCCUCGCGAAUAUGACGCCCCAACAGAAGCAGCUGUACCUUAUGCAGCAACAGCAAAUGCGCAAUGGCGGCAUGUCGAAUCCGGGGAUGAUGAACCCCCAGAUGAUGGCUGCGGCACAGGAGCGGAUGCAGCAGCAACAACAGCAGCGGAUGGCGCAGGCCGGCAUGAACGCGAACGCAGGCAUGCAAAUGCCGGGCGCGAUGGAUGCGUCGGGGCACAUCCCGGCGCUGCGGUCGAAUCCGUCCAUGUCCGGGAUCGCGAGGAACACGAGGACGCCGUCGGACUCGGCGCCAUCACCAGCGGCGGGCAUGUCGCAGCGGAUAUCGGGGCACACGCCAGACGACCUCCAGCGGGCGAUGAUGAUGCAGCAGGCCCAGCAGCGCGGGAUGGCGCAUCAGCAGAUGAUGCAGCAGCAGAACGCAGGCGGGGGCAUGCCGCAGAUGAACUUCCAGCAGAACAUGCAGCAGCAGAUGUCGCCGAUGGGCCAGGGCCAGGGAUCGUACGGGAUGUCGCCGCCGAACAGCGCGGGCCCGGGAGGCGGGUUUGGUGGCGGGAUGCAAGCAGGGAUGGGUGGCACGCCCCAGCCUGGAGCAGGCGGCCAAAAUCAGUGGCAACAGAAUGCCAACGGUCUAGGCAACGGGCAGUUCCCGUUUGUCGCGCCAUCACCAGGCGCGAGCCAGCAUCACUCCGAUCCCUCCAUGACCCCGCGCCAGAUGUCGGCGACGCCCGCGCCGGGCCAGACGAUGGCACAAAACAGCCCGCAGUCGGACCAGGGCGGGCUGACCGAUUUCGCAGAUAUAUUUAAUAACUGGGGGCAGUAGCCCUGAGGCUGGUGGGACGGACGCGGUUGUUUUGAUGAUGAUAUCUGGAUCUCUCUUUAGCUGCUGCUCUCGUGUUCUUGUCAAAGUUACUCUCCGUGCUGCUUGGGCGUAUAGUAUCCGGCGGUCGUGCACAUCGUAUACAUGUCCCCCCUCCCCCUCGUCGUCCCCCCUUCUGUCUCUGUCUAUUACUCCGAUAUGUUCUGGUAUGCAGUCGUCCUCGUAUAAUAUCUGUAUCGUAGGGAAAGGCUGAUUGCUGUCGCAUUGUUAUUGAUACCUAUCUGUUGUACACUCGUAGCCUGCUUCCUCCGACCCGAAUCGCGAUACUGGAUUGACCGCACGGCACUCGCGCCCGUCAAGAAUUUCUAUUGACAGCGACUGUGACUCAGAC